AUGAAGUUCACCGCCGCCACCCUCGCGGCUCUAGCCUCCACGGCCAUCGCUGCCCCCUCCACAACGUUCAAGGAGCAGCCUCGCCAGGCCGCGUCAGCUUGUUCUACUAACGUGUCCCUAGACGCGAAGACAAACGUGUUUUCCAAGUACACUCUGCACGAUAACAGCUUCUACCGCAAAGAGGUUCAGGCUGCCGCUGCCAACAUCUCGGACGGCUCGCUAAAGGCCAAGGCCUUGAAGGUUGCCGACGUCGGCACCUUCCUCUGGGUCGACAGCAUUGCCAACAUUCAGCGUCUCGAGCCCGCCAUCUCCGACGUUCCGUGUAACCACAUCCUUGGUGUCGUCAUCUACGACCUCCCCGGCCGCGACUGCGCUGCCAAAGCUUCCAACGGUGAGCUCAGGGUCGGCGAACUGAACCGGUACAAGACGGAGUACAUCGACCCCAUCGUCAAGAUCCUCAAAGCCCACCCCAAAACGGCCUUUGCCCUCAUCAUCGAGCCCGACUCGCUACCCAAUCUCGUCACCAACAUCAACCUCCAGACGUGCCAGGACUCGGCCUCGAGUUACCGCGACGGCGUCGCCUACGCCCUCAAGAACCUCAACCUCCCAAACGUCGUCAUGUUCAUCGAUGCCGGCCAUGGAGGUUGGCUUGGCUGGAACGAUAACGUAACCCCUGGUGCCCAGGAGCUCGCCAAGGCGUACAAGGCCGCCGGCAGCCCAUCCCAAGUCCGAGGCAUUGCCACCAACGUGGCCGGCUGGAACUCCUGGGACGCCGAGCCUGGUGAAUUUGCCAACGCGCCCGACGGACAGUACAACAAGGCGCAGAACGAGAAGAAGUACGUCACGAUCUUCGGCAACGCUCUCAAGACGGCGGGAAUGCCCAACCAUGCCAUCGUUGACACAGGCCGCAACGGCGUCCAAGGCAUCCGGCAGGAGUGGGGCGACUGGUGCAACGUCAACGGCGCCGGCUUUGGCCUCCGUCCGAGCGGCAGCACCGGCCUCGAGCUCGCCGACGCCUUCGUCUGGGUCAAGCCCGGCGGCGAGUCCGACGGCACCAGCGACUCGACCGCCACCCGCUACGACUCGUUCUGCGGCAAAUCCGAUGCCUACAAGCCCUCUCCCGAGGCCGGCACCUGGAACCAGGCCUACUUUGAGAUGCUUCUCAAGAACGCCAAGCCACCCUUCUAG